AACUCAGGUAAUGGGAGAAAUCAAGAUUGCACUGAAGAAAGAAAUGAAGACAGAUGGGGAACAACUCAUAGUUGAAAUCCUCCAGUGCAGAAAUAUCACCUACAAAUUUAAAUCUCCUGAUCACUUACCAGAUUUAUAUGUGAAAAUAUAUGUGAUGAACAUUUCUACCCAAAAAAAGGUGAUCAAGAAAAAAACAAGAGUAUGUAGACAUGAUCGAGAGCCUUCAUUCAAUGAAACUUUUAGAUUCAGCCUAAGUCCUGCUGGACAUUCUCUUCAGAUUUUACUUUUUUCCAAUGGAGGGAAGUUUAUGAAAAAGACCUUGAUUGGCGAAGCCUGUAUCUGGCUUGACAAAGUGGAUCUCAGAAAAAGAAUAGUCAACUGGCACAAACUUUUGGUCAGUCCUACUCAAACCCACUGAAGAAAUGUGUCUGCUCAGGGUAUAGAAAGUGCUUUAAACAGUCUUAAAUCAAGACUAUAGUCGAAUACAAUUGUUCUAAGCUAUGCUUUCAGGGGUAACCAUGAGAAGAGGAACAAAAGGCAAAAACAUACUCAAAGGCUUGCAAAUGUAUUGUUGUGGAACAUAGAAAAAAAAAGUCAAAUGGAAAAGUUCAUAUAUUGAAGACAAGAAAAAAAGUUCUGAAACCUUGGAUUUCUUGUGGCUGUCAAGAAAAACAGUGAGAGAAAUUCUGUUUACUUAAUGCAGAAAUUUU